CCAUUCACUAAAUUAACACACUAAGCAAAUGUGCGGCUGGAAUACUAUUCGCAGACACGUGUAGGCAAGUUAUCGAGGAACAAGUUCAAAUUUGCUGUUGGUGAUUGCUGGUGUAUAAACAGAGUAUAUUUACAGCAAAAUCAGUUUGGUUUUAAUACCUCGCUUGUCCUUCCUGCCCCUAAAAACAUUUUCUAUACGUCUGUAAUAAGGUUGAUUUGCCUUUGUUAAGUGAUAACCCCCCAAGCAGAGGAAAUUUAUAAAAAUAUCAAAAGAAAACAACAAUUAUAGAAACCUUAAUUUUAAUCAUUUGAAUUUUCAGUUUUCAUUGAUUUGGAUCGUUAGUGCGUGUAAUUUACUCGAUUUAAAAUCAUGGCUAUUUUACGUUUUUAUUCAAAUGAAGCUUGGGAAGAAGCUCAUCGUGUAAAGGUGUUGAAACAAUUAAAAAAUGCAUUUCCCAACAUUGUCUCGCUGCAAGUGGAAAAAUGUUAUCACGUUGAGACAACUACAGCCAUCGAACCUAAAGCUAAGAGUUUAUUGAAAUGGUUGCUCAAACAUCCACAAGGCGAUGAAAGCAGUUUGUAUGAGAAAACUACAUUAUCCGCUGAAAAGGCAGAACUCUUCUUAGUAGAGAUUGGACCACGUUUCAAUUUCUCCACCGCCUUUUCUACCAACUGUGUUAAUAUUUGCCAAAAUGUGGGUCUCACCCAAGUCACCCGUGUAGAAGCCUCUGAUCGUUAUCUCAUUGGCUAUUCGAACGAGAAACCUAACCUUGAACAACUAGUUGAUUUGCUCAGUGAUCGUAUGACUGAAUGUCCUUAUACUAAGGAAAAUUUACCCGUCAAUAGUUUCAACGAACAAUUACCACAAUCUCAAGAGUCCUGGUAUAAAGUGCCAGUUUUGGAAGAAGGUCGCAAGGCCUUAGAAGAAGUUAACACCAAACUUGGUCUAGCUUUUGGUGACUGGGAUUUGGAUUAUUAUACAAAUCUUUUUAAGAAUGUACUCAAACGUAAUCCCACCACCGUGGAAUUGUUUGAUUGUGCUCAGAGUAACAGUGAGCAUUCUAGACAUUGGUUCUUCCGUGGCAAAAUGAUUGUGGAUGGUGUCGAACAGCCUCAAUCUUUGAUACGCAUGAUUAUGGAUACACAAAAGAAUACCAAUGACAAUAACACUAUUAAAUUUAGUGAUAACAGUAGUGCCAUUCGUGGUUUUAAGCAUGUCACCAUUAGACCUCAGGUAUUCGACGGUCCUGGUAUGGUUUCAUUGCAAACUGUGAAUUCAGAUUUAAUUUAUACUGCCGAAACUCAUAAUAUGCCUACAGCUGUGGCUCCUUUCAGUGGUGCUACCACUGGUACAGGUGGACGUUUGAGAGAUGUUCAAGGUGUGGGACGUGGUGGUAUACCCAUUGCCGGUACAGCUGGUUAUUGUGUGGGUUCUUUGAAUAUACCUGGUUUUCCUAGAACCUAUGAAAAUGCCAACUAUGAAUAUCCCUCAUCCUUCGCUAAGCUGAAGGUUCUUAUUGAAGCUAGUAAUGGUGCUUCGGAUUAUGGCAACAAAUUUGGUGAACCCGUUAUUACCGGUUUCGUUAAUUCAUAUGGUUUGACUAAUGCUCAGGGCGAACGUGAUGAAUAUGUUAAACCUAUUAUGUUCAGUGGUGGUAUGGGUACUAUGGAAUCUAGUAUGCGUCAGAAAAUUGAUCCUAAAAGAGGCAAUUUACUGGCUAAAAUCGGUGGUCCAGUUUAUCGUAUCGGUGUGGGCGGUGGUGCUGCCAGUUCUGUGGAGGUACAAGGCUCCAAUGAUUCUUCUUUAGAUUUCAAUGCUGUGCAACGUGGCGACGCUGAAAUGGAAAAUAAAUUGAAUCGUGUGGUCAGAGCUUGCAUAGAAAUGGGAGAUAAAAAUCCCAUACUGGCCAUACAUGAUCAAGGUGCUGGUGGUAAUGGUAAUGUUUUAAAAGAAUUGGUUGAGCCUGGCUUUGCUGGUGCUAUUAUUUUCUCCAAGGAAUUCCAAUUGGGUGAUCCCACUAUUAAUGCUUUGGAAUUAUGGGGAGCUGAGUAUCAAGAAAACGAUGCUAUACUCUGCAAACCUGAAGAUCGUGCCUUAUUGGAGAGAAUUUGUGAAAGAGAACGUUGUCCCAUUAGUUUUGUGGGUGUGGUAACGGGAGAUGGUCGUGUUACUUUAGUUGAAAGUGAGGCCGAUUUUGAAAAGGCUUUAAGUGCUAACAAUGAGGCCACCGCUAUGGGGCCAGUACCUUUUGAUUUGGAAUUGAAACAUGUUUUAGGUGAAAUGCCCAAGCGUGAAUAUCAGUUGCAACGUGAACAUAAUCUAUUGCCUUUGCAAUUCGAAAGUAAUUUCGAUUAUAGCAAGAGCUUGGAACAGGUACUAAGCUUGGUUUCAGUGGGCAGCAAACGUUAUUUAACCAACAAGGUCGAUCGUUGUGUUACCGGUUUAAUAGCUCAACCAUGUGUGGGUCCCUUGCAUACACCAUUGGCUGAUUUUGGUUUGGUUACGGUGUCUCUUAGCACUGAAGGUAUUGCCACUUCUAUAGGCACACAACCUAUUAAGGGUCUUUUGGAUGCGGGUGCCAUGGCUCGCAUGAGUGUGGCUGAGGCUUUAUCCAAUUUGGUGUUUGUUAAGAUCAGCGAAUUGGCUGAUGUUAAGUGUUCCGGCAAUUGGAUGUGGGCUGCUAAGUUGCCAGGCGAGGGCGCUCGUAUGUAUGAUGCCUGUGUGGAAAUGUGUCAAAUCAUGAAGGAGCUUAGAAUUGCUGUAGAUGGUGGCAAAGAUUCUUUGUCCAUGGCAGCUAAAGUUGGUGGCAAGACUAUUAAAUCUCCCGGCACUUUGGUUAUAUCUACUUAUGCCCCUUGUCCAGAUGUAAAUGUUAAAAUCACCCCUGAUCUUAAGGGUCCUUUGAAUGGCUUGGAAACCUCUUUGAUUUGGGUGAAUAGAAAUAAAUUCCGUUUGGGUGGCAGUGCAUUGGCUCAAGUCUUUAGCCAACAAGGCAGUGAAUGUCCCAAUCUCAAAGAAAGUGAGGUUUUGGUACAAGCUUUCAAUGUUACCCAAAAACUUUUGUCCGAAGGCAAACUUUGGGCUGGUCAUGACAUUAGUGAGGGUGGUUUAGUGGUGUGUGUUUUGGAAAUGGCGUUAGCUGGUCUUAGCGGCCUUGAAGUAGACUUGACCAGUGCCUUGGCUAAGAUAUCUGCACAAAAUGUGGACAACUCCUGUAAAAAUAUGCCUGAAUUAGCUGUUCUUUAUGCUGAGGAAUGUGGUUGGGUUUUGGAAGUUGCUACUGCUGAUGUUAAAGGAGUACAAAAUGCCUUUACCCAGGCUGGUGUUCCCAACCAUUUGAUUGGGCUCACCAAGUCUUAUGGUCUGGAAUCUAACAUAAAAAUUGCCUGUAAUGGUAAAACUUUAGUACAAAAUUCCGUUAAGUCGCUGUACAAACAAUGGAAGUAUAGUUUUGAAUUGGAGAAAUUGCAAGCUAAUGUCGACUGUGCCAGAGAGUUUAAUACCUUGGAGUACCGUACUGGUCCCAAAUACAACUGUACUGUAGACUUAAGUUCAGAAUUGGUGGUGAAACGUGCUGCUUGCUCUGUGCCCGUGGCUGUUUUAAGAGAAGAAGGUGUUAACAGUGAUCGUGAAAUGAUGGCUUGUUUGCUAAAGGCCAAUUUCGAGGUUCAUGAUGUUACCAUGUCGGAUUUGUUAAGUGGUAAAACCACUUUGGAUCGUUAUCGUGGUCUUAUUUUCCCCGGUGGUUUCAGUUAUGCUGAUACCUUGGGCUCUGCCAAGGGUUGGGCUGCCAAUAUUAUGUUUAGUGAAUUGCUGGUGCCUCAAUUCCAGGCCUUUAAGAAACGUCAAGAUACCUUCUCUUUGGGUAUUUGCAAUGGCUGUCAAUUGAUGAGUUUAAUUGGCUGGGUGGGUGCUGCUAACGAGCAAGCCGAUGCUCAAGUAAUCAAUCAACCAGAUGUGGCUCUUUUACACAAUAAAUCCGAACGUUUUGAAUGCCGCUGGGCUUCGCUACGCAUUGCUGACAGCAAAGCCAUGAUGUUGAGUAAAUUGGCCGGUUCAACUUUGGGUUGUUGGGUGGCUCAUGGUGAGGGCCGUUUCUCAUUCCGCAAUCAGGAGAUAUUGAAUAACUUAAAGGCACAAAAAUGUGUGGCCUUACAUUAUGUAGAUGAUAAUGGCAAAGCCACAGAAGUUUACCCCAUGAAUCCUAAUGGCAGUACUGAGGGUAUUGCUGGUCUUUGUUCACAAGAUGGUCGCCAUUUGGCUUUAAUGCCACAUCCCGAACGUUGUUUUGCUACUCAUCAAUGGCCUUAUCUAUCCCCUGGUUUCAAUUGCAAAUCUCAAGCCAGUCCCUGGCAAAUUAUGUUCAAUACUGCCUAUGAAUGGUGUACAGAAUCAUUGUAAAAAUAUAAAUAUUUCUUUAAACAAAAUUUUGCAUUUAUUUCCACAAUUAAUUGUAUACUAAACUUUUUAUAUUAUAAAAACAACAAUAAAUAAUUUCUAAUUACUUUUAACAUUA